GGAGCAGCCUGCAGCACCUCCAGCAGCAGCAGUGAAGGAGGAGGAGGAGCAGACUGGAGCAACUCCUCCAGCUGCAGCAAUGAAGGAGGAGGAGCAGCCUGAAGCACCUCCUGCAGCUGCAGCAGCAGUGAAGGAGGAGGAGUUUGUGGUGGAGAAGAUUUUGGACCGCAGAGUGGUGAAGGGAAGAGUAGAGUUUCUGCUGAAAUGGAAGGGGUUCUCAGAUGAGGAUAACACAUGGGAGCCGCAAGACAACCUGGACGGCCCCGAUCUUAUCGCAGAUUAUAUGCAGAAACGCAAGGAGGAGGAGGACCAAAAGGAGGCCAAGAGGCAAGUUGUCAGUGAGGCCUCGGGACACUCAGAGGAGCGAGGGAGCAAGAGGAAGAAGGAGGAGAAACGGAGAAGAGGAAAAGGACUCAAACGUCAGCACUGUGACAAAUUCUUCACAUCUGGAUAUUUAAAGAUUCAUCAGAGAGUUCUUACUGGACAGAAGCCAUACAGGUGUGAUCAAUGUGGGGCAGCUUUCACACGACAGAGUAUCCUAAAAAGCCAUCAACGCAUUCACACUGGAGAGAAGCCGUACAGGUGUGAUCAAUGUGGGGCAGCUUUCAUACAACGAAGUAACCUAAAAAGCCAUCAACGCAUUCACACUGGAGAGAAGCCGUACAGGUGUGAUCAAUGUGGCGCAGCUUUCGCACAACAGAGUGCCCUAAAAAAUCAUCAACUCAUUCACACUGGAGAGAAGCUGCACAGCUGUGAUCAAUGUGGGGCAGCUUUCACACGACGGAGUACCCUAAGAAACCAUCAACGCAUUCACACUGGAGAGAAGCCGUACAGCUGUGAUCAAUGUGGGGCAGCUUUCACACGACCGUGUACCCUAAAAAGACAUCAACGCAUUCACACUGGAGAGAAGCCGUACAGGUGUGAUCAAUGUGGCAAAACUUUCUUACAACAGUGUCACCUAAAAAACCAUCAACGCAUUCACACUGGAGAGAAGCCGUACAGCUGUGAUCAAUGUGGGGCAGCUUUCACAAAACGGGAUGACCUGAAAAACCAUCAACACAUUCACACUGGAGAUAAACCUUACAGCUGUAAUCAAUGUGGGAAAACUUUUUCUCUUAGUAAAAGCCUUAAAAGGCACCAGCUUAUUCACAGUGGAGAGAAGCCGUACUGCUGUGAACAGUGUGGGGAAGCUUUUUCUCAGAGUAGUCACCUUAAAAGACACCAGCGCAUUCACACUGGAGAGAAGCCGUACUGGUGUGAACAAUGUGGGAAAAAAUUUUCUGAGAGUGGUCACCUUAAAAGACACCAGCGCAUUCACACUGCCUCGUAGUGAACAUGUUUUAGAGCCAAGCUGUUUCCUCCUGCCUCCUCCUCAUUCCCUGAUAGCUGAGUUGUUAUAUUCGACACCUUCGAGGCAAA